AUGUCUCAACAACAACAAACUCUUAGUGAACAAUUACCUCAACAAUCCCAACUUCAACAAAAUUAUUAUGAUAAUGGAGAAUUUGAACAUUCCGUCCAGCAACUUAUUCAGCAGCAGCGACUUCAAAACAACAAUGAGGAAGAUUCUUUAAUUGCGGCCAUUUCUCAUCAUAUGUUAAUUAUUAAAGACUAUAGGGUGAAGAUUAAUCAACACCAUUUCGAACUGGAACAAGUUGUAAAUAUAUUAAGACGCAGAGAUAAUAGUCGCGAUUUAAAUUUAAAUUUUUCUUCAUUUCAAUUCUAG